CAGUAAAUUUUCUUCUUCACUGGUAAUAGGUAGAUUAUGUCUUUUUAUGACCAAGCAGGCUCUAGUGCUGGAAUUGAUCAUCGACGAAAGUGGGAUCAGGAGGAGUUUGCAAGGAAGGCCGCUGAGCGGAUAAAAACGGAAAAGAAUGAUGAAGCUAUUCGUAACGGUUUGAAACCGAAGGAUGAACCGAAGGUGAAAAGGGAGAUGUUGAAAGCUAGAGACUACAAGGUCGAUCUCGAAUCAAAACUUGGACGAUCUGUCGUUAUCAACAAGACAACUCCAGCUGCUGAAACUGGUGGAUACUAUUGUGAUGUUUGCGAUUGUGUUGUCAAGGAUUCUAUCAACUUCCUUGAUCACAUCAAUGGUAAAAAUCACCAGAGGAACAUGGGCAUGUCGAUGAAAGUUAAGAGAAGUACCUUGGAGGAAGUCAGGGAGCGGUUCAAGCUGAAGAUGGCUGAGAAGGAGCAGGAGAAAAAGCAAAAGAAUAUGGAAGAGAUUUUGGGCGACGUCCACGAGGAGGAGAUAAGAAUGCAUGAUUACAAGAAGGAAAAGAAAGCUGAACAACGCAAAAGGAAGCUCAUCGAAGCAGCUCCCGAAGAAGAUGAUUUGGAUCCAGAACUCAAAGCUAUGAUGGGAUUCGGUGGAUUUGGCUCCUCGAAGAAGAAGUCAUGAUACUGACCCAUGCUGCAGUAGUGUGAUUUUUUAUUGUACAUAAUUCGAUCUCUUCA